AUGGAGAAUAACAAAGAAGAGAUCAGAAAGCACUAUAACAGCAUCAAAGAGAAAGGGAGAGAAGUUAGGCAGAGAAGCAGGGCUAUAAAUAUUAGGAACGCAAAUAAUUUCAUUAAGGCUUGCCUUAUAAGAUUGUAUACAAAGAAAGGAGAUUCUGUUUUAGAUCUUGGAUGCGGUAAGGGAGGAGAUCUAUUGAAAUAUGAAAGAGCAGGGAUCGACGAGUACUAUGGGAUUGACAUUGCAGAAGUGUCUAUAAGAGAUGCCUGUGCCAGAGCAGAAAAUAUGAAGAGAAGGUUCAAGGUUUCAUUUAAGGCACAGGAUGUAUAUAAUCAGCACAUUUCACUUGGGAAAAUGUUCGAAAUAGUGUCUUCACAGUUUAGCUUUCAUUAUGCCUUUUCGAGCGAUGAGUCCUUGGACAUUUCUUUGAGAAACGUUGCGGAGCAUUUGAAGCCCAGGGGGUAUUUUAUCAUAACAGUUCCUUCCAAGGAAGUUAUCCUUGAUAGAUACAGGCAAGGCAGAAUGUCAAACGACUUCUAUAAAAUAGAAAUUGAUAAGGAGGAGAAUGAUCCAAUUGAAAGCAUCAGAGAAUAUCGAUUCACACUGGUGGAUUCCGUAAACAACUGCGUGGAGUACCUUGUUGAUUUCAUAAAGAUGAUUGAUGGGUUUAAGAAGCUUGGGAUUGUGCUGGUUGAAAGGAAAGGGUUUAUUGACUUUUUUGAGGAAGAAAGCAAAAGGAACCAAGAACUACUUAGACGGAUGAGAGUUAGACGGCUGGGGAAAGAAGAGGCGGAAGUUGUUGGAACCUAUGAAAUCAUGGUCUUUCAGAAGCUAGACAAAAGCGAAGACUAA